GCCCGUCCCUUGACUCGCUAUUUGCCCGUUAGAAAGGAAGACUUUGACCUGCGAAGUCACAUCGAAACAGCUGGUCACAACAUAGAGACCUGUUACCACAUCUCCCUCACGGAGAAGACCUGCCGAGGCUUUCUGAUUAAAAUGGGAGGAAAAAUUAAAACAUGGAAAAAACGAUGGUUUGUUUUUGACAGAAACAAGAGAACUUUUACUUAUUAUGCAGACAAACAUGAAACUAAAUUAAAAGGUGUAAUAUAUUUUCAAGCUAUUGAAGAAGUCUAUUAUGAUCAUCUAAAGAAUGCAUAUAAGAGUCCCAACCCGUUGCUCACUUUCAGUGUUAAGACACAUGACCGGAUAUACUAUAUGGUUGCUCCUUCGCCAGAAGCCAUGAGGAUAUGGAUGGAUGUCAUCGUUACAGGCGCAGAAGGCUACACCCACUUCAUGUUAUAA